AUGCCUGGUGCCUCGUACAUCAGGCACGUUCUAGUGCCUGUAGGACAGUGUAAGCGUCUGGUGCCUGUAGAAGGACAGUGUAAGCGUCUGGUGCCUGUAGAAGGACAGUGUAAGCGUCUGGUGCCUGUAGAAGGACAGUGUAAGCGUCUGGUGCCUGUAGAAGGGCAGUGUAAGCGUCUGGUGCCUGUAGAAGGGCAGUGUAAGCGUCUGGUGCUUGUAGAAGGACAGUGUAAGCGUCUGGUGCCUGUAGAAGGACAGUGUAAGCGUCUGGUGCCUGUAGAAGGACAGUGUAAGCGUCUGGUGCUUGUAGAAGGACAGUGUAAGCGUCUGGUGCUUGUAGAAGGACAGUGUAAGCGUCUGGUGCUUGUAGAAGGACAAUGUAAGCGUCUGGUGCCUGUAGAAGGACAGUGUAAGCGUCUGGUGCCUGUAGAAGGACAGUGUAAGCGUCUGGUGCCUGUAGAAGGACAGUGUAAGCGUCUGGUGCUUGUAGAAGGACAGUGUAAGCGUCUGGUGCCUGUAGAAGGACAGUGUAAGCGUCUGGUGCCUGUAGAAGGACAGUGUAAGCGUCUGGUGCCUGUAGAAGGACAGUGUAAGCGUCUGUCUUUCAUGUGGUAUCGUAUCAAAGGCUUUAGCAAAAUCCUUGUGUACUUCAUCCACCGGGAGUACUUUUUUCUGAGUAUUGUAGCUGGUUAUCGUUUCCAAAAAUGUAAGCAGCCAUCCAUCAAGGCCUGUUAG